UAUGAGGUAUGUCCCGUGUSAAGUUGAACUCCAUGCCCCAUCUUGCACUUGGCAGUCAUUUCGUUGUCUCUUCCCAAGGUCCUUCUGCUGCCCAUGGUUAGUUUUGCAGAGAAAGGGAGGAAGACUGUAGUAGCYAGCUGGAAAAUGUGAAACAUCUUGUUAUCCCUCAGCAUCCUUCUCUGUCAAAACAUGGCAGAGCACAAAUAGGACACCCCUGCCGAGGUGCUGCUAUUAAACAGGUAUUGCUUUCUAAGCGGGUAUCACAGUGGGUGGGGGAACCUCCAAAACACAGAAAAGUAACAAGCGUAGAUUUGAUUCCUUGUAGGCUUCACCUGGGUGAUUAUCAUCACAGCAAACUAGUCACAGUGAGAAAACAGCAAWAAGAUUUUACAGCUUCUUUUUGGACUGGCUUCUUGUUUUCUGCACUUAGGCAUGAGGUGUUCCCUACUCCCAGCCCAGGGUGCCCUGGACCUGUGCCCAUCACAGCAAGUUUCAAGUCCCAAGUAAAAUUCUGCUUUGGUUUAUGAACUCUGGUGCACUCUGCUCAGUUCAGGUUCUUGAUAUUCUUCUGUGCUGAUUCCUGUUUUUCUUGUUACAAGCUUUCAAGUGCUUCUGAGGUACCAGCGUGUUACGGAUUGAUGAACUGACAAUCCAAGCUUUAAUCCACACUGCUUCUUUAGCCUUAUACUUGAUGAUGGAAGAGCCAAAGAAACAGCUCAACCAGAUAGAAAGACCCAUCAAAUAACUCACAUUUUGUAAUGAGUGUGUUUCUCUGAAGCAAUAAGAUUAUGUGGAUCAGCUGGUGUGCUUUGUGUCUGGUGAAAAGAAGCUUAUUUAAAUUAAGAGAGCCAGGAAAUCUGUGUCUCAGUCCAGAAGGAAGAUGGGUUCCACAGAAGACCUUGACUAUCCUGAAAUCAUUGUGCACUACAGCAAUGGAUUUUUAAUCUCAAAGGUUAUGUUCACUGCCUGUGAGUUGGGGGUGUUUGAUCUUCUUCUGGAGUCAGGAAAGCCUCUGUCUUCAGAUGCCAUUGCUGCAUGUCUGGGUGCCAGCACCAUGGGGAUGGAAAGACUGCUGGAUGCCUGUGUGGGACUGAAGCUCUUGGCAGCAGAGAUGACACAAGAAGGAGUCCUCUACAGAAACACAGAAAUUUCCAACAUCUACCUUACAAAAUCAAGUCCAAAGUCUCAGUAUCAUAUCAUGAUGUAUUAUUCCAACACAGUCUACUUGUGCUGGCAGUACCUGGCUGAUGCUGUGAGAGAAGGAAGAAACCAAUAUGAAAGAGCUUUUGGCAUUUCMCCUAAAGACCCUUUUGGAGCAAUGUACAGAUCAGAUGAGGAAAUGCUAAAAUUCAUGGCUGGCCAGAACUCAGUGUGGAGUAUAUGUGGCAGAGAUGUUCUUGCUGCAUUCGACCUUUCCCCCUUCAUGCAGAUCUGUGACCUGGGAGGAGGCGGAGGAGCUUUGGCCCGAGAGUGUGUUUCUUUGUACCCAAAUUCUACUGUCACAAUUUAUGACCUGCCCAAAGUUGUGCAAGUGGCCAAAGAGCAAUUUGUUUCCCCUGAGGAGCRCCAGAUCGCUUUCCAUGAAGGAGACUUUUUUAACGAUUCAAUUCCUGAAGCUGAUUUGUAUAUUUUAUCCAAGAUACUGCAUGAUUGGGAUGAUGACAAAUGUAAACAGCUACUGGCAAAAGUCUMCAAAGCAUGCAAACCUGGUGGUGGAGUGCUGCUGGUUGAAUCGCUUCUGAAUGAAGAUAAAAGUGGCCCUGUAGAAACCCAAUUGUAUUCGAUGAAUAUGUUGGUCCAGACAGAAGGGAAAGAACGAACAGCAGCAGAGUAYAGCAAACUCCUGGAGGCAGCUGGCUUUGGAGUGAUUCAAGUCAGGAGGACUGGAAAACUCUAUGAUGCUGUUUUAGGAAGGAAAUAGUUGGGCAUGUUUUGUGCAUGUAACAAGACAGAAAAAGUGGAGAAA